AUGGGUAAGUUCCGUGUGAGAGAGUACUACCAGUGGACUGCUGCCAAUGCGACGUUGAAAUUCUUCUUCUAUCCUGUCGUCACAUUACAAACUCGCCCCGAAUUCAGUGGCAGUUUAAAGCGCAAUUCCAGCAUUGGUCCAUACGCCAGUUCGCCGAACUACCGAAAUAGCCCUACUAACGAUGCUACUUCCCCUAGUCGUCGAAGCUCUCUGAGCUACGAAUCUGAUGAAAUGAACGCCGAUGCAAACUUGGAAGAAGACGUCCAGAACCUCAACGACCAAAUUAAGAAGCUUCAAGAGCAGAUUGAAGUUCUCUCUGAAGCGCAGAUGAAGAAUGAAGUCAAGUACAGCAGCAUGAAGAGGGAGAACGUCAACCUAGGCGACAAAAUCAGCUUCCUCGAAGAGCACAUUCGUGACAUUGAACUGCAGACUGAAGAGCGGAAGACUGACGACGAGCGCCGCUUCAAAGAGUCAAUGGCGCGACUGGAGCGAGAAAAGUCACAGGAGCUGGAAAAGUAUGUUGGCCAGAUUCUCGCUCUGCAGAAGGAGCUUUUUGAGGCAAAGGAAGAAGUGAAGCGCCAUCAGCAGACGAUUGACACUUUGCAGAGCAACAAACUAGACCUGGAAAGCACCAUUCAGGAUAAGGAGGCAGAAAUUGAGUCGCUCAACGAGGAGAUCGCCAAACUGAAGGAUGUCAUUCGGAAGCAAAGUGAGGAAAGUCAUGCCAACUCGACCCUCAUCGAGGCCCUCAACCACGAAGUGGCCACUAUUAGACAGUCGAGCGAUCUAACCAAGCUGGAACACCACCGAAUGGCGCACGAGAGUGAGGUGAACAACAUUAAUGUUGAGCUUGAGAAGCAAGUUCGCUCUCUGAAGGAGGAGAACCACUCUCUAAAGGAGUCCAACGAAGAGUUGACCGCGCAGCUCCUCAACAAUCACCUCAUUGAGGGAAAAAGUCUGUUGAAGGAGGGCGAGGCAAUCAGCUCGCUGGCAAAUGAAAUCAGUGAUCUCAACAUCGAACAGCUCAAAACGACACUUAAAGAGCAGCAAGAUGUUAAUGCGAAGCUUCGCGCUUACAUUGACGGCAUUCUGCUCAACAUUGUGGAGAACUACCCACAGUUGCUGGAAGUAAAGUCCAACUGA